GUGUCCACAAGCUGCUGUCAGUCAGAAGGCUGCACAGUCCGAGAUGGGCUCCUCGCAGGCACCCCAGAUGGGGCGUGUGGGAGGGCGAGGAAUGAUGGCACUGCUGCUGGCUGCCCUCCUCCUGCCAGGGGCCUUGGCUAAGAGCAUCGGGACCUUCUCAGACCCCUGCAAGGGUGCACGUAUCACCUCCCCCGGCGACCCCUGUUUCACUGGGAAGAGUGGUUCCAGUAGCUUCAGUGGCCACAGUAGCUCUAGCAGUUCCAGCAGCUCCAUUUCCAGUUCCAGUGGCUCCAGCAGUGGCUCUUCUGGUGGCCCCAGUGGUUCUGGUGGCUCCAGUGGUGGCGCCAGUGUCUCCAGUGUCGCCCAGGGUGGUUCUUCAGGAUCUGCGUUAUUUAAGCCAGGAACAGGGUAUUCCCAGAUCAGCUACUCCUCCGGAUCCAGCAGCUCCCAGUCAGGAAGCAGCAGCUCCCAAUAUGGAAGCAGCAGUUCCCAACCAGGAUCUGGCUCGGCUCUACCAGUCAGUGAUGGUUCUUCCCGCUUAGGAUCUUCCCAGUCUGGAGGCGGCUCAAGCUCAUCUGUUUCCCAAAGCUCUUGGAUAUCCAGCAGCAAUGGCCAAAGGGUCAACUCUAAUUUACACCCCUGUAAUUCAGAUGUCUCUGACUCUCCCUGCAGUGGGGGGCCUAUUGUCUCCCACUCUGGCUCCUACAUCUCCAGCUCCCACUCUGUGUCAGGAGGUCAAAGGCCAGUGGUGGUGGUGGUGGAACAGCACGGCUCUGGUGGCCCUGGAGGGGUCCAGGGUGCCCCCUGCAACAGUGGUGGCCUUCCAGGAAAGCCCUGCCCCCCAAUCACCUCUGUAGACAAGUCUUACGGUAGCUAUGAAGUGGUGGGUGGCUCUUCUGACAGUUAUUUGGUCCCAGGCAUGACCUACAGUGGGGGCAAAAUCUACCCUGUGGGCUACUUCACCAAAGAUAACCCCGUCAAAGGCUCUCCAGGUGUCCCUUCCUUUGCAGCUGGGCCCCCCAUCUCUGAGGGCAAAUACUUCUCCAGCAAUCCCAUCAUCCCCAGCCACAGCUCUUCUAGUUCCAAUGUCUACCAGUCGGGAUCUUCCUCAGCCAUUGUGUUCCAGCCAGUGGGCUCUGGUGGGGUCCAGCCCUGUGCAGUUGGCUCUAAGGGGCCCUGCUCCCUCUCGAGCUCUGGAGCCCACAGCAGUUCUAGCAUUUCCAGUAGUUCAUCCUUCCAUCCCUGUGGUGGUGUUUCACAGGGGCCCUGCUCCCCACCUGGCCCUGGCUCCUUCAGCAGCACCUCCAGCUCCCAAGGCAGUGGUAAAAUCAUCCUUCAGCCCUGUGGCAGCAAAUCCAGCUCUUCUGGUCACCCUUGCAUUUCUGUUUCCUCCUCUACAUUGAGUGGGGGUCCCGAUGGCUCUCCCCAACCUGAUCCUUCAGCUGGUGCCAAGCCCUGUGGUCCCAGCAGCUCUGGAAAGCUCCCCUGCCGCUCCAUCCGGGACAUCUUGGCCCAAGUGAAGCCUCUGGGGCCCCAGCUAGCUGACCCUGAAGUUUUCCUACCCCAGGGAGAGUCACUUGACAGUCCAUAAGUUAGCUUUUGCCUACAGGCAUGUGUGGGCAUACACAUGCAUACACACACACACCAUCUCUCAGUUGGGAGAAGACCAGUGGCCCAGGCAUGGGGUUAGCUCUGUUUGCCUCCUUCCCAAGAGAGUUGCUCUAUUUCCUCCAUUGCUCCAAUAUGGCAGACUCCCCUUAUCGUCUCUUUUUUUCUUCAACUCUCCAAAUUCCUUUCCCCAUUCUCUCCUACUGCUUAGAUUCCCCUUAUACUGCAGUGCCCUCUCUGCCAGAUAACCAUUCCCUAAAAUUUCCUCUGUCAUUUAUUUGAGAUGGUACAAUACAUUAGCUAAUCCUACCCAUUCAGAUUCCUGACUGGGAACCCCCUGAAAUGUUCCAUAGUAACUCUGGUUCCUGGAGAAGUCAUCUCCCUUUUUACCUGUUUGCCAAAUAAAGCAAAGUCUAAACUGUUGCUUGAAAGCAAUGACCACUUUUCACUGACCACUCUUUGCCAUCUGGUCAACCAACAUGGCACACCAUGGGGUUCUCACACUCCCAAUUCCAUUCCCACCCUCCACUACAGAGCUCACCACACCCUGUGUGAGUUCCCAACACUCCUUUUUGCCUCUCAAGGUCUCCGUCUCAGUCCCCUGUCCUGGCUGCCACUUCCCUCAAUGCUUAGACGCUUCCCUGUGUGAGGGAGACACCAGGAUACCCUCGGACACUGGAGUAGGUUCCCUGCUCUCUGGACCCUGGACAGAUGGUUCAAUAAACUGUGUGAGCUAGAUGCAGACUUUUGCCAUCUUGGUGUCUUGGGUCUCAUCUUAGGACCUACGUGAUGCUCUUCUGUACCUCUAGAAAUACCCAUGUCCCCCCCAUUUUCACUCAUAAGUUGGAACAGUAUUUCUCUUAUACUUUAUGGCUCCUCCCACAAAGGAGGAAAACAAUAAAUAUUUGUUAAACUGAAAGCAGAGGUUGGUCUCUAAGAUUCUUCCUCACAUUUCUCUACUUUCUCAUUGCUCCAGGAAACCCAUUCUCUCUCCACUCCCCAUUCAUCUAGGGUCUUCCCCUCUCCCUGUAUGGGGCCCUAAUUAUUCCCCUCCCCACCCCAUGCAGGCUCCUUCUUCUCUAAUUUGCCUCAUUUACUAGAUGCCAUCCUCUCUAGGAAUCUGGGCAUUGAUUUCCUGGGUUUCUGGGACCCUUGGAACCUUGGGAAAGCUGGAAUACAACAACCAGAUCAGAUUCCUGGUGACUGAGUGGGAGGGAUCCCAGGUUGGUGUUGUUCUGGGAACUAGGGGUGGAGAGAGUAAAAGACAGAGAGGUUGGGAGCACGACAGGGAGUGCCGCCAAGCAUAGUGACUCAAUAGCCUACAUAAAAAUGUACCAGCCCAUAGCAGAACAGAGCCAAGUGUUCUCUCCACCUCCACACUCUAGCUGCCUCUGCUGCAGUUCUAAAGAGAUCUGUGGGAGGUGAGAGCGCAGAGCACUAUAGUGGAGAAAGGGAGUUGUCUCCAUGGGAGAAGAGAGAGAAAGCAGAGGGUGGGAAGGCCCAGACAGCUGUGUUCUGGGGAGGCUGAGGCCAAGGAAGUUCUCUUACCCGAGGAAGGGGAGAAUGGGCUAUGUUUGUCCCUUUAGGAAGGACCUCACCCAAAGCACAGGCCACCUCUCAGAACCUCUGCUUACAAAGAAAUUUAUUCCUACCCUAGGAUCUAAUCCAUUCCCUGCUAUUGAAUGUGUUAGCUGGACCCAAAUUUAGGGCUAUUGUUGAUCAGAAAUGACCUGGCAGCUGAGCCAACCUGCAGGAUUGACUGAAGACAGAGAAGGGCUGCAGAAUAGUUCUGUCUUUAUUAUCAUUGGUGAGUCACACUUGGCCCAGCAUCUGGCCCUGGACUGCUGCCAAUGACACACAUCAAGGCUCUUAGAGGUUCCAUGCACCACAAUUGUAGGAGGGAUACAGACUCUGAUGUGGGGAUUCCUCUAGGCUCUGGUGUGGUCAAGGUCAAAAGCUUUUACAAAUCUGGUGGAUGUCACUCAAAAAGGACUUUGCUCUCCACUGGCCAGUUCCAAAGAGGAACUCCCCACUCAUCCAGUAGCUAGCAAUCAGGGGCUGAGGAUGAGGAUGGAAAAGGAAAAUCUAACAGCUUAUUUUAGACUUCAUGUAACCAGGGAUGCCUUGCCUGGGUAUCUCCUGGAAGCAACAGAAAAAACAAAGGCAUUUAUACACUUUUUAUUGUAAAAAAUUCAAACAUAUUUACGAGUAAACAAAAGAAUUAAUGAACCCCUGUUCUCUCACAACUCAGCUUCAAAAAUUAUCAAUUCAUGGCCAUUUGACUAUAGCAUUUAAACACUUUCCUCUACUGUGAGUUGGGAACAUCUACUCCCUCUCAGUAUUUCUUAUAUUCUGUCUAUCCAUUUGACCAUCUGUAGUAGACUGAAUGCUGUCCUCCUCAGCACUUCCAAAGAUGUCCACAUCAUCCCUGGAACCUGUGAAUAUGUUAGGUUACAUAGCAAAGGGAAAUUACGGUUGCAGAUGGAAUUAAUGCUGUUAGCUGACCUUAGAGAGAUUAUCCUGAAUUAUUUUGGUGGGUCAACGUAUAAUCAUAAGGGUCUUUAAAUGUGGAAGAGGGAAAAAGAAGAAAAAGUCAGAGUGGUGUAAUGUAAGAAGAUCCUCGGUUUCUGGCUUUGAAUAUGGAGGAAGGGGACCAUGAGCCAAGGAAGGCAGGCCUCUAGAAGCUGGAAAAUGCAAGGAAAUGGAUUCUCCCCUAGAGCCUCUAGAAAGAAACACAACCCUGGUGACUCCUUGAUUUUAACCCAGUGAGAACUAUGACAGACUUCUGAUCUUCAAAAUUGUAAGAUAAUAAACUUGUAUUGUUGUAAGCUA